GAUGAAUCUGUCGCCUCAGCAUCACAAGCACCGCCUUCCGACCGCCGCCACAAUCGUCACCGCUAUCACAACGCACAAAAAGCUCCUGCCAGGCAACUCCAUGACAUCCUCGACUUCCAUGUCAUCCAAGAAGAAACUCAAUGCCACGGCCACCCAUAGCUUUUCCAAACACAUUACAAUCGACAUCUUGCGACCACACUUUGACAAGCCGCUGGCCGAAGUCGCGAAGUUGUUUGGCAUUUGCACGACCCUGAUGAAAAAGGUGUGUCGCCGCGUCGGCAUCCCGCGAUGGCCGCAUCGCCACAUUCGGUCGCUUAGGAAAAGCAUCUUGUCGAUGGAAACGGCCAGCAGCAUGUUCGACGGAGUGGACCGCACAGCAUACGACAUCCAAAUCCGAAAACAGCAAAAGCGACUGGCCAUGUUGCUGUACAAUCCCAACGCGAUUGACAUGGACGACGACGACGACAUGGAAAACGAAGACGACAACGCGCAGUCGUCGGUCAUCGACUCGAUGUCGAGCGACUCCCGACACACGUCCCCGGCCCUUCACAGUCUGCCCCACAACAGCCACAGUCUCUUUCCGUCCCCCGAUCUGCCACCGCUGGACCUAAGCGACGCCACCUUUGGGCGGUCGUACUCACACAUGAUGAUGGCUCCAUCCUUACCACGACUGCCCUCGAUCUCGACGUGGUAUGGCUAGAACGCUUGAGGCAGAUUAGGACAUGAUUAUAGGUAAUAGCAUCUCAUUUUUAUUGAUU